GUUGUAUCGAACUGCCUCAAUUUCGAACCGAACCGAAGUUACCUCGAGGUCACCUUGGUUCGACGGCAACACUACCCUGCGAUCAUGGUGGGCAGGCUGUGGCCAUGGUGGGCAGGUUGUGGCCAUGGUGGGCAGGCUGUGGCCUGAUUGCCGACACUCCACACUAUUCCACACUGCUUACAUCAAUUAGCCAAGAUGCUGUUUCAUCGCAAUGAAUUUGGCUAGUCUAACUGCCCAUAUUCCUUCUGUACCAGUACUUUAUCACUUUGCACUCAGUAGUGCUGUCGGCCAUUCUGUUCUGAUUCUUGAAGCACUUGGUCUAAUAGUGAAACGAUGUCGACUUCAUCGGAGGCCCAAAUCAUCAGUGACGCACUGGAAGUUUUUCAAACUGUUGCUGUUGGCUUCUUUGGGUUCACAAUUCUCGUGUGGGAUCAUGUUAUCACUUUUGCAGACGAGGUCCGUCUUUGCUCUUCUGCUGGUGCAUUGGCUAACCCACCACAGGUGGAGAUCAUAUGGGGUCGUCCGAAGAACUUUUUGGCAUACUUAUUCUUGCUUAAUCGAUAUCUUACCCCCCUCGGAUUUAUACUGAAUCUUGUCGCAUACCUGCCUUCUUUGUCGUUCAUAAGAUGCGAGCAUUUUGUUCGGUACGAGGGGGCCAUGACAGCGAUUGGGAUCGAAGUCGUGGCGUUGAUGAUGUUCCUGCGCGUUCGAGCAAUGUACCGCGAUAAUAUAUACGUUGUGGGCCUCGUAGCAUCAUUGUGGUUUGCUUGGGUGGCAGUUGACGCUUGGCUGUUGACGCACGGCGAAGCUGUCCCUCACUCUCUGUAUACCGAAUCUUGUGGCAUGGAGUUCUCUGUUUCUGUAACGGCGCUCGCAUCCGCAUGGGCAUGGGUUCCUCUUUGCUAUGACACAGUUGUGUUCGCCUUGACUUUCAACCGCACAUUUUCCGGGAUAAAAAACAGGGAGGCAGGGCAUAUUGUCCGCGCCCUAUUUGCAGAUGGAGUUUUAUUCUACAGUGUGAUGUGUGCUAUAAACCUCAUCUUUACGAUCAUGGUCGUGAGAGCUCCGCCAGGUUUGAAGUACAUAACUGGACAACUUGAACUUAUAUUACCAGUCACAAUAAUGUCACGCAUUACUCUAAGCUUAAAGAAGGAGUGCCUUGGUGGUCCUACAUCACUCACCACACAUUCGCAAAGUAGAUCUCCCCUCUGCUUUGAUUGCGAAAGGUCUGUCCCAGAUGUCUUGGAGCUACAGCCCCUAGGUUGCAGUUCCCAGAAUUCGUCAGCGAGGUCACAAUUGUCCCGAAUGCGAGGUCAUACAGAAGCACUCGAAGGUGCUGUCUCCUCUCAAGGACAGCGAGAUGACCAAGUUCGCAUCUGCUUCGCCUGCCCUGCAGCGGCUGAUGUAUUCGAGGUUUUGGACGAUGAACACAGUCGGUACCAGGAGCCAAUAACUUCAACAAUGAUUGAUGUACAUCGGAGUAUCGAAUAAAACAGACCUGUGGAAGAUGUUUACACAGAUUCCAGAGGUCGUCACGCGUAAUACGUAUACCAACUGUAACUGUUUUCUUACCUUCGACGAGAAAAAUCAUCGACAGAAGAGAUUCUCGAAUUCCGUAUAUUGGACAGGAAGCUGCCAUCUAGUUUACUCAUGGCAUUAUAUCACUCGUAGCUGCAUAGUUCUCAAGCUUCAAGCUCGAGUAUGUCCGAGGAAAGCUAAUUGGAGGAAUUUACGAUUAGGUAGCCUGUAUGUAAUUAAAUUGUAAUGAUAUGUCGUGGCACUCAGACAACUUUGUUCCUUUGCUCAUUCAA